GAUGAUUCCCCUUUGAGCUAGGGUUUCUAGUUUUUCAAAACCCCGUCAGGCUCAUCUUCUUCUAGCACCUUCUUCUUCCCUUAAAGUAUUCAACUUUAUCUGAAUUUGACCAUUUUCUCUUCAUUUCUCCGACUAAUUUCCCUUCAUUUCGAUCUUUAAGCAUCUGGGUAUCUCCCUUUCUCCAUCUAUUCAUCGGAAUUUGCGCUUAGAUUUUGAAUAUUUUGAAGCUUUUUUUGGGAUAGAGGAGAUUGAAAAUGGGGAAAUCUGGAGGAAGGAAGAAGAAGAGUGGUGGUUCGAAUUCGAAUUCGAGUCAAGUCAAUUCAUCUGAAACUUCAGGAUUAUCCAAACCGUCAACGAUUGUUAAUGGUGGUGUUGAUUUCGAUGCUUCGAUAUUCUUGAAACGUGCACAUGAGCUUAAGGAAGAAGGUAAUAAAAAGUUUCAAGCAAGAGAUUACGUUGGUGCUCUUGAACAAUACGAGAAUGGUAUUAAGCUUAUUCCUAAGAGUCAUCCAGAUAGAGCUGUGUUUCAUAGCAAUAGAGCUGCUUGUUUGAUGCAGAUGAAACCAAUUGAUUAUGAAUCUGUGAUUUCUGAAUGUUCAAUGGCUCUUAAAUCUCAGCCUGGUUUUACUCGUGCUUUGCUUAGAAGAGCUAGAGCUUUUGAAGCUGUUGGCAAGUUUGAUUUAGCUGUUCAGGAUGUUAAUGUUUUGUUGGGUUCUGAUCCUAAUCAUAAGGAUGCUGGUGAGAUUUCGAAGCGGUUAAAAACUGCUUUGGGUCCUCACCAAGAUUUGCAGAGCCGUCCUUCACCUGCAGCUCUUGGUGCUUCGGCUGCUUUAGGCGGUCCUAUUGCUGGACUUGGUCCUUGUUUGCCUUCUCGUAAUGUUCAUAAAAAGGGAGUUACUUCGCCUGUUGGGUCUGUUUCGUUGCCUAAUGCUAGUAAUGGUAAGGUUGAGAGGCCACAGGUGGUGAAUCCUGUGACUGAAAAUGGUGGUUCGGUGAGUAAGGGACAGGCGUCGAGAGUUGUGUUGAAGCCGGUUAGUCAUUCGCCAAAAGGGUCGAAGGUUGAGGAGUUGGGUUCUUCUUCUGUGGCGGUUGUUGGGAAGGUUCAAGAGAAGAGGAUUCGGUGGAGGCCGUUGAAGUUUGUUUAUGACCAUGACAUAAGGUUGGGUCAGAUGCCUGUGAACUGUAGGUUUAAGGAAUUGAGAGAGAUUGUGAGCAGUCGUUUCCCGUCUUCAAAGGCGGUUUUGAUUAAGUACAAGGACAAUGACGGAGAUUUGGUGACUAUAACUUCUACUGCAGAGCUGAAAUUGGCGGAAUCUGCUGCUGAUUGUAUUUUGACGAAAGAGCCUGAUACUGAUAAGUCUGAUUCUGUUGGGAUGUUGAGAUUGCAUGUUGUUGAUGUGAGUCCUGAGCAAGAGCCGAUGUUGCUCGAGGAAGAAGAGGAGGAAGUGGAAGAGAAGCCUGUUAUAGAAGAAGUCAUAUCAUCUCCUACAGAAUCACUAUCGGAAACAGAGAUCAACACUGAGAAGACAGAUAAGGAAGUUGAAAAGGAGAAAGCAAGUUCUUCUGAAGAUCCUGAGACCAAGGAAUUGGAGAUGGACGACUGGUUGUUUGAUUUUGCUCAUCUGUUCCGUACUCAUGUCGGUAUUGACCCUGAUGCUCAUAUUGAUUUACAUGAGUUGGGAAUGGAGCUUUGCUCAGAGGCGCUUGAAGAAACUGUGACAAGCGAGAAAGCUCAACCACUAUUCGAUAAAGCUUCUGCGAAAUUCCAAGAAGUCGCUGCUUUAGCUUUCUUUAACUGGGGAAAUGUUCACAUGUGUGCCGCUAGAAAGAGGAUUCCUUUAGACGAAUCUGCGGGAAAAGAAGUGGUUGCUGCACAACUUCAAACCGCUUACGAGUGGGUGAAAGAGAGAUACACAUUGGCAAAGGAGAAAUAUGAACAGGCUCUCUCGAUCAAACCAGAUUUUUACGAAGGUUUGCUUGCGUUAGGACAGCAGCAAUUUGAAAUGGCGAAGCUACACUGGUCUUACUUGCUAGCUCAGAAGAUCGAUAUCUCAGGUUGGGAUCCGUCGGAAACCCUAAAUCUCUUUGACAGUGCAGAGGCGAAGAUGAAAGAUGCUACAGAGAUGUGGGAGAAGCUUGAAGAGCAGAGGAUGGAUGAUUUAAAAAACCCGAACUCGAACAAGAAAGAGGAAGUUUCAAAGAGGAGAAAGAAGCAAGGAGGAGAUGGGAAUGAAGAGGUUUCAGAGACAAUCACAGCUGAGGAAGCAGCAGAACAAGCGACUGCAAUGAGAUCACAGAUCCAUCUGUUUUGGGGAAACAUGCUGUUCGAAAGAUCGCAAGUUGAAUGCAAAAUCGGGAAGGAUGGUUGGAAUAAGAAUCUUGAUUCAGCUGUUGAAAGAUUCAAACUUGCAGGUGCUUCUGAAGCUGACAUAGCAACAGUUGUCAAGAACCAUUGUUCCAAUGAAGCCGCUGCUACCGAAGGAGAUGAGAAAAAGGUACCUGCGCCUUGAAACCCUUUAUCCGAACAAGAAUUACGAUAUCAAAAGCUAUGAAACAAAAACCGAUUCUCGCUUAAUGAAUGGUUGUGUGACUGGAAAAUAACCCUGAAGAUGUAGACUACUGAAUCUUGCUUGAUUUGAUGAUUCUCAGAUGUUUUUUUUAAGUUUAUCUUCUUCACCUCAAAGGUGAUAAAUUUUCCAGGGCAUUUGUUAGAUAAAUUUGUAAACUCUGUUUAAGUUUCAACCUUUUAAGUAUUUGUGUUGUUUUUGCAUUAGUGAUUGAUUCUUCUGAACUUCCUUCUUCUUCUUUAAUGAUAAAAGCUACUUUAGCUUCAUUUGUGUUAAGUUCUG